UCUGUUCCUGAUAGGUAGAUAAGUUGCAGAAUAUGCUAACAUUUUUUCUGAGACAGUUGGAAAUGCACACUAUAAAUGACACAUUUAGAAGUUCAGUGUCCUUUUAAUAGGAGCCUAAAGUGUCCUAGAUUCUGGAGAUGUGUGAUGAGAUAAAUUGAUUUCAAAGUAGCCCAAGUGUGCUAAUUUCCUGUGCAACCUUAAGUGACACAUUGUUGUGAAAUCUACUUUUUUUCCAUUUUUGACUCACUCUGAGGACAGUCUGUGAAGAAUAUACUGCCAUUUUUCUGGAUUUCGGUCAUUAAAUCACACCUGCAGCAGUUUUUUUUUACAUAUAUAACCAAACCUUCUGACAAAAAUUGGCAUAACUUCAGGCAAAAGGAGUCAGCUGCUGAGAUGAGCAACCAGCAAGUGAUGUACUCGGAACUGAAUCUGAACAAGGACCCAAAGAAACAGCAAGGGAAACCUAAGGGUACCAAAAGCUCCAUUUCAGAAAAUGAGCAGGAUAUAACCUAUGCAGAAUUAGCAUUUCAGAGUGCUUCUCAGGAACACCGUGGGAAUGACAAGCAGCACACCUGCAAAGAUUUCACAUCAUCUCCUCAGAAGCUUCUUGCAGCGACCCUGGGAACCACCUGCCUUAUCUUAAUGGUCACGGUGAUAGUGAUGGUGACAGUUGUAAUUCCCUCUUCUGUAAUGCAGGAGCAGAACAAAUCUUCCUUGGUAAGAACUGCAAAAGAAGUCCACAACCCUUCUUCAGCAUAUCCUUGUGGUCGUUGUCCAAAUGAGUGGCUAAUAUUUUCCAACAAUUGUUAUUACUUUGGAGUGGAAAAGAAAAAUUGGACUGAGAGUUUGGCAUCCUGCACUUCUAAGAAGUCUAACCUGUUUUAUAUAGAUGAUGAGAAAGAAAUGAAAUUUCUAAGGGUCCUCUCACGUCCAUCCUGGAUUGGAGUCUCCCGUUCUGGCAGAGAUCACCCAUGGCUGUCGGUAAAUGGCUCAGCAUUCAAUAUGAAAGUACAGAACUCAUCAUCUAAUGAAUCCAACUGUGUUUGGUUAUCCUUAUCUGGCUUUAUGGCAGAAAAUUGUGGAUCAUCACUCACGUAUAAUUGCAAACAUAAAUUUUAGAAUUAAUAUACCUGAAUUUGGAGCUUGUCAAGUAAUUUUCUAUUUCAUAAAAUGGAAAUUAUAUUAUGAUUAUACUGGUCUUAAACUGAAUCAGAUGUGUUCUUCUAAUAACAAACUUAUUAAAAAUUACUAUUGAAAUAUAUUAUUUAUAUUACAAGGGAAGAAUAGUGCUUUUGUGUUUACUUCCUUUUAGUCAAAAUAUAAGCAAUCUCAUUUCAAACGUACAAAACUAUGGCCAUCAAAUAUUUUUUAAAAUUACUCAAUAAUUAGAAGAAUAUUUAUGAGUCAGCAAAUACAUCUCACAUGCAGACUACUUUCAAUGUCUGUUUGUUCAAUUUAACUGAGUACAGUUUCUGUGCAUUGUUUUAAAACACAACCGUUCUUCAGAAAGCUAAAAUUGACUCUCCUCUUCAAAAAGUUUCUAAUCUUGGCAGAAACAUUUAAUUCACUAGGCUUCAAAGGUUGUAAUUUUUCUACACAAUGACUAGUGAACUUUUAGUUUUCUUUAGCUGGCUUGGUAAGUCAUCAUUUUCAAAACAUACCAUUGACUACAAAAGGAUCAAACUAACACAUCUAUUCCCCUUACUAGAAAAUCUCUCCCAUGCAUGUAUUCUGUGAAGCUGAAUUCCAGGCAUCUUUAUUGCAUAUGAAGAAACCACAUUUCUUGUCUUCUCAUAAUAAAAUCUUCUGGAUACAUAAAAAAAUUGUAAGCACUUAUUGUGAUAAUUUCUUUAAUAGAAUUUUAAAAAAUUUUUGGUUACUGACUUCAUUUUUAGGAGGGUAGGUAAUUUUUUUGAAAUUGAAAUAUUUUAUACUCAAUGUAAAUAUAGGUAAACAGGAACAAAUAUUAAACUUUUACAUAUUUUAUUUAAAGUUUAAAUUCAAAGUGUCUACUGGGUAAACUUGACUAGUGGGCUCCUGCCUCACUAGUGCAGUGUUACAUAUUUAUAUUAAUAUAUGUGAGAUUAGGAGCAUAUAAUGCAUUUAAGGAAAUGUCUACAUGAAUUUCAAAAUACAAGUUUUCUGUGUUGGUAUGGAGUGUAUAUAUCAGUAUGUUUGUAUGCAUUUGUUGGUUUAUCCAGUUAAAGUGUUUCUAUAGCCUUACUAUGAUAUUUGCUUGUGUCAUAAGUAACGAUACAGAAGUGUCUAAAUGUCUAUUAAUAAAUGUUUUUACUUAUUUACUA